CUCUUCCUCUCCCCGAUACAAACAUCUCGACGCUUCGCCUUCUUCUCCCUUCUCUGUCCUCCCUCCCUUUUCUACCAGUUCCCAGAUUAGAGCUUCGUUUAGGGCUUCUCGACCGGAGGAGUUCCGCUGUGGUCGCCUCCACACCCACCUCCGAUCGCUCGUCGAACUUCUAUGUCCUUCGCUCGAAACGGAUGAUUCCAGGGUUAGCAGGAUCCUCUUCCAUGGCGAGAGCGGUGGUGAAGACCGAGCCAGGGACGGCGGCGGAGAGCAGCGGCGAGCCCUCUGGGACGCACGGCGGUGCGGUACGACGGUCCCUCCGGUCUAGCUAUCUGGCCGUCAAAAAUCUCAUCAGUGACGAUAAGGAUCAUCCUGGCUGCGCGGAUUCGGAUAAGUUCACGUCGAUUUUCACCCACGUGGAGAAUCUGCAUGAACUUGUUCAAAGACCCAGAGAACAAGUAACUGAUGCAGAAGCUUUGUUGGAUAUUACCAAUUCACUGUUAGUGAUGGUGAAGUCACAUAGCAAUGAUGUCAUAAGCCCUUCGGAGUUUGUAAAUGGUUUGUUGAGGAACUCUGGACAAAAAGAGAGAGAUCCAAACAUUAACAAUUCUUACAAUAUGAUUUGUUGGAAUGAUGUUGGUCUUGCUGUCUCUCAUGUGUUCAGGAAGGUUCCUGAAUUCCACACAAUGAUUGGUCCCAUGGAUAUCACUUUAAAGCAACGAAAAGCUGCAGUUAACAGAAAACGGAAAAAGCCAACUGAAGUAACUUGUCCCGAGGAGCUUUCUCAGACUGAUACUGAUGGAAAAAAUGAUAUUGAUAAGAACAUGUCAACUAUGUUCAACAUAUUGAGAAAGAUGAGAUGUGUAAGAUUUGAGAGCCUGAUUUUGAACAGAACAUCAUUUGCACAAACUGUAGAGAAUAUUUUUGCUCUGUCAUUUCUUGUCAAAGGCGGAAGAGCCGAAAUUGCUGUAGGUGAUGAAGGCCAACAUCUUGUUUCACCGAGAAAUUCUCCUGUUGGUAAACCAGGAAGCUCAAGAGAUGUAGCUUACCACCAUUUUGUAUUUAGAUUUGAUUUUAAGGAUUGGAAGCUAAUGUUGGAUUUUGUUGCACCGGGGGAAGAGCUUAUGCCGGAUAGGGGCGCACGGCACCCAUGAACGUGGUUCACUUCCGAAGAGCCAGUGCGUGAAGAUUGGAAGGCCAGUGCACGCACCUUCAACUCCAUCAAGAAAGCUAACAAUGAAACCAUGGCUUGGUCGUGGGAGAAUCUCUCGGUGAAUAUGCAGA